CAACGCAACAAGCACUUUUGAAACUCUUAUCAUCUUCAACAUAAACGCCUCUACCAACAUCUGUACUGGUGCAGUCAUCGGGAGGACAAACCCUUCAUGCAAACUGCACCUACUAUCAAGAAGAAGUUUGGAGCCUUGGAGGUGACCACUCGGCCCCCGACCACUCGUGACCUUGCAGUCAUCGGGAGGACAAACCCUUCAUGCAAACUAUGAAGAAGAAGAAGAAUAGGACUCCUGGUUCAACCUUUAUUUAUAUAUAAUAAGAAUGUUAUUUAAAACAUUUAAACAUGAAUGUAUUUUCAAGAAGCCUAACUUUUGAACUGAUCUCCAGAACCUGAUGUAAGAACAACAAUACUCUCUUAAAAUGGAUUCUCUUAAUAAUAUUCAAUCAAAGAAGAACCAUAAUGGAUCUACAUCCUGUAUAUUAGCUAAACUGGUUUUUACACCAGUUGCAGCAUUGCAAGUUAAAACUCAAAGAAAACUUCAAAAUAUUCAUUCACUAAGCAUUGCAAUGCUGCCAGUAGUGGCAGCCAAUCGAGGUUUUAAUGGUCAGUGGGUUACUCUUAUAACCAAGACUGACGUUUUUCCUGCUUUACUUGUCCUCGAUAAGAAGUUAAAAGAAAACAUUGCCAUUAUUGCUGAAAGUGUUUCUUUAGAUCAAAAUUUGUGCGAAGGGGAUGAAAUUACAGUAUCUUCAGAGUGUCACAAACUGUAUGCAGAGGAAGUUUCAUUUUGUCUUCUCUCCAACAAAGAAUUAAGCGAGUCUACUGCCUUUACACAGUUCUUAAAGGAACAACUUGUGAUUAAACGUCUGAUUAUUUGCUCUGGUAUGACUAUUUUUCUUCAUUACUUAAGCCAAGAAAUUAUUUUAAAGGUUCAAAAUGUAAAAUUCUAUGCAUUGCAAACAGCAAGCUGUCAGAAGAAACCAUUUCAGUGUAUCUGGCAGACUCAAAUAGUUACAGAAAGUGUGGCAGGUGCAGACACAAAAUUUGAAAUAAAAAAAAUUAACUUUGAAGAUAUUGGUGGAUAUCAACACGAACUGCAAAGCUUGCACCAUCAAAUUCAUAUGUUGUUUACCCCCACCAUAACCAAUGUCAAGCCAGUGAAAGGUAUAUUGAUCAGUGGGCCAUCUGGGUGUGGCAAGAGUUUGAUAGGUGAGGCUCUGAAAACUAAAUAUGGUAAUAAACAUAUUAGUAUCAGGCUUGAAGAAGUGAAGAGCAAAUUUCGAGGAGAGACUGAACAAAGAAUGAAGCAUCUUUUCACCAAAGCUCUAAACAGAGCCCCAUGUCUUCUCUUCAUUGAUGACUUGGAUGUGCUGUGCAGCUCCCGAGACAAGGGCGGAGAUACUGGAAUAGUUACAGCAUUACUUCACCUUAUGGAUGGUCUUGGUGCCAGCAAUGAUGGAAUAAUUGUAAUUGCCACAGCAACUAAACCACAGACUCUUGAUGCUGCAUUACGGAGACCUGGCAGGCUUUCCCAUGAUAUUGUUUUAUCAUCUCCUGGUGAUGCUGCCAGAAUGGACAUCCUAAAGAAGCUACUUAUAAGUGUACCCAAUGAUAUAAAGGAAUCAGAACUCGAUACAAUAGCUAGUAAUGCCCAUGGGUAUACUGGCGGAGAUCUACGGGUUGUUGUGAUGGAGUCGAUCAUGCAGGCAGAAGGAAAGAAUCUAACGAAACGAGACAUAGAAGCAUCACUAGCAGCCAUUAAGCCUGCAGCACUUAGGGAUUCCUCAGCACCUGAGUAUAAGGUUAAGCUAUCGGACGUUUGUGGCUAUGAUGUGAUUAAAUCGCAACUACACGAAGCCAUUAGUUUAACCCUGACACAUGGCCAAGUAUUCCAGAAGUGUGGAAUUCCUUCACCAUCAAGAUUUUUGUUAUUUGGGCCACCGGGUUGUGGGAAGUCUUCCAUCAUCAUGGCCAUGGCUGCCAAGUUUCAUCUGCAUGUCAUUCCUGUCAAAAGAUCCACUGUUCUUGGCAAAUAUUUUGGGGAAUCUGAACAAAAUCUAGAAAAAAUAUUCAUGCAGGCAAAUGAUUCUUCUCCUUGCAUCAUACACUUUGAAAAUUUUGAUGGUCUAGCUGGAAGAAAGAAUCCUGGAGAGGAUGGGGGAACUGAUGUAGAGGGUCGCAUUAUAAAUCAUCUUAAGGUUCAGCUGGAUGGCAUUGUACGAAAUGAUGGCAUCUUUAUUUUUGCAGAAACCAACCGUCCUGAUCUCCUAAACAAGGAUGUGAUUCGGCCGGGUCGCUUCCAUGAAUACUACUUUGUCGACUUACCAGAACCUGAAGAUAGACGUAUUUUACUUAGCAAAUACUUGCUUCCUUGCACAUUUUUAAAUGGUGUAUCACUUGAUGUCCUAGUCAACCAAACAUCAUCCUUCACAGUUACCGAGAUUCUUCAGUUGUGUGAGGAGAUGAAGAUGCAAUGUAGAGAGGAAAACGAAAUGGAAGUGACUAGGCCAGAGCUCAUUUCCAUUGGGAGUGUUGCCCUUGACGAAGCACUGGAGGUGGUCGCACCAAACACAUCUCGAAAACUUCUUCAAAAGCAUAGACAUUUUGCACACAUUUAUUGUUCCUGAAGGAGACAAUGUUCAAAUUAGCUUAAUAUAUUUAUCUUUAAAGGGUGGUAAAUGUU